GCGCCAUCAAAAACUAUUGCCCCCAUCCCACCCCAUCGCGCCGCACCCCGCCGCCGCGCUCCCCAAACUCCAAUCCGCCGCCACCACGCCGCGGCGCGCACGGCCGCUUCUCCACCCGCCCGCCUCCGACCAACCCAGCGGCUGUACGGUCGAGCCGCCGAACCAGAACCAGAUGCCGCCGGUGAGGCCGCCGCCGCCGCCGCGUCUCCUCCUCAACAACGUCUCGUGCAUGCGGAACGCGCAGACGGUGCUCCGUGACAUCAACUUGAGUGUCCACGACGGCACCGCGCUGGUGCUCACGGGCGCCAACGGCUCCGGCAAGACCACCCUCCUCCGCAUGCUCGCGGGGUUCUCGCGCCCCUCCGCUGGGGAGAUCCUCUGGAACGGCCAUGACGUCACCUCCCCCGGCGUGUUCCAGCAGUACAAGCUGCAACUCAACUGGAUGUCGCUCAAGGACGCCGUCAAGGAGAAGCUCACGGUCCUCGAGAACGUGCAGUGGUUCGAGCUCCUCGAGGGGAAGGACGGCGCCAGGUCGGCUCCCGCCAUCGAGCUCAUGGGGCUCGGCAGGCUCAUGAACGAGAAGGCCAGGAUGCUCUCCAUGGGUCAGAGGAAGAGGCUGCAGGUCGCCAGGCUGCUCGCCAUCGACCGACCGAUCUGGCUGCUCGAUGAGCCGUCCGUCGCGCUGGAUGCGGAGGGGGUUAAGCUGCUGGAAUACAUCAUAGCAGAGCACCGGAAGAAGGGUGGGAUCGUCUUCGUUGCCACGCAUUUGCAUAUCGAGAUUGAGGAUGCUAUGUCGCUUCGGCUGCCACAGAGGUUCCCCCGGAGGAAGACACUGGUUGAUCUUGUGCGUUGAUGUCAAAUUGACCUCAGGAAUUUAGCUGUAUCUCUCUAAUUCUUCCCCAGCCAUCCGUUUGAAUGUUGUUGGAGCAACUUCUGAUGCUGCAGUUUUGUGAUAGUUUCUUCGAGAACAUGAGAACACACUCACCAUGUCAAUAUAUGUGCUGGUGUUCUUUGUGAUCA